AUGGGCAGAUCGCCGAUGAAAGGAGGUCACGGAGGCAACUUCACAUGGGUCGGACUACUCAAUAUCUAUGUUCCAUCUUCAUAUCGUGCUCUCGUCUCUUCAUCUUUUCACCGUUCUGCAUUUAUAGAUCCGGCCGUAAUUGAUGUCAAUAUAAUUCCUCCUUUGGUUGUCUUGGUUCAAAAUUCUGAGUUUGAUAUCAAGAAAGAAGCUGCACGGGCCAUCUCUAAUGCUACAUCGGGUGGAUCUCAUGAACAACUCAAAUAUUGGAUUGUGACAGUUUGUCUUGAAGGGCUUGAAAACAUCUUAAAGAUAGGUGAGGCUGACAAAAAUGUUAGCAACGGGUGUGAAUCUGUUUCGCCCAAAUGA